AUGGGAACCGCGAGCUGCGUCCGCCGCUGGCGGCGCUUCUGGCAGCAGGAACGUCGCUUCUGCGCGGUUUUUCYUUUUAACCACCAGGCCGAUGACCACAUAGCUUCAGAGCCCAGGAUAAAAAAACUGGAACCAGUGCUUCUGCCAGGUGAAAUUGUGGUAAAUGAAGUCAAUUUUGUGAGAAARUGCAUCGCAACAGAUACCAGUCAAUAUGACCUGUGGGGCAAACUGAUUUGCACAAACUUCAAGAUUUCCUUCAUUACGGAUGAUCCCAUGCCAUUACAGAAAUUCCACUAUAAAAACCUUCUUCUUGGUGAACAUGAUGUCCCUCUGACAUGUAUUGAGCAGAUUGUCACAGUGAACGACACCAAGAGGAAGCAAAAGGUCCUUGGUCCCAAUCAAAAACUUAAAUUUAACCCAACAGAAUUAAUCAUUUACUGCAAAGACUUCCGUAUUGUCAGAUUUCGCUUUGAUGAAGCAGGUCCUGAAAGUGCAAAAAAGGUGUGCCUUGCAAUAGCUCAUUAUUCUCAGCCAACUGAUCUGCAGCUGCUCUUUGCAUUUGAAUAUGUCGGGGAAAUAUAUCAUAAUCCAGCAAAGAAGGUGAACGGGAUCGACCCAGGAGGCRGUGGUGGCAGCAGCAGUGCUCAGCAGACACCUUUGUUUGAAACUUACUCUGACUGGGAUAGAGAAAUCAAGAGGACGGGUGCAUCGGAGUGGAGAGUUUGUUCCGUCAAUGAAGGUUACAUGAUCUCUACUUGCCUUCCAGAAUACUUUGUGGUCCCAUCUUCCUUAGCAGAUCAAGACCUCAAGCUCUUCUCCUACUCUUUUAUUGGGAGGCGAAUGCCGUCAUGGUCCUGGAAUCACCCUAAUGGGAGUGCACUUGUGCGAAUGGCCAACAUCAAAGACGUGUUGCAGCAAAGGAGGAUUGAUCAGAGGAUUUGUAAUGCAAUAACUCGAAGCCAUCCCCAGCGAAGUGAUGUUUACAAGUCUGAUUUGGACAAGUGUCUGCCCAGUAUCCAGGAGAUACAGGCUGCGCAUAUCAAACUCAAGCAGCUGUGUGUUAAUGAGCCUUUUGAAGAAACAGAAGAGAAGUGGCUGUCCUCGCUGGAAAAUACUCACUGGUUAGAGUAUAUCAGAUCAUUUCUGAAGCAUUCUGCAGAGCUUGUGUAUAUGAUGGAAUGUAAGCAUGUCUCCGUGGUUCUGCAAGAGGAAGAGGGACGGGACCUGAGCUGUCUUGCUGCUUCUCUCAUUCAAGUCAUGCUGGAUCCCUAUUUUCGAACCAUUGUUGGAUUUCAAAGCUUAAUACAGAAGGAAUGGGUCAUGGCAGGAUAUCAAUUUUUAGAUAGGUGUAACCACUUAAAGAGAUCUGACAAAGAGUCUCCUUUGUUCUUAAUGUUUCUGGACUGCGUGUGGCAGCUGCUAGAACAGUACCCAGCAGCCUUCGAGUUUUCCGAGAUGUACCUGACUAUCUUGUACGACAGUGCCCGGAUCUCCUUGUUUGGCACUUUCCUCUUCAACUGUCCACAUCAGCGUGUGAAGGAGAGCACGGAAUUUGCCAUAAGCAAAAACAUCCAGCUGGGUGAUGAGAAAGGCCUCAGGUUUCCGUGUGUUUGGGACUGGUCUCUUCAGUUUGCCAGCCGGGACCGCCUGCUCUUUCACAACCCGCUGUACGUCGGCAAGAGCGCRCCGUGCGUGCACAACGGUGCCGUGAAGACCUUCAAGCGCUCCAAGAAAAACUACAGCUCAACCUUGCGAGGUGCCCCCCCAGCACUGAAGAAUGGAAUCAUCGGUGAGCAGGAGUUCCUUCCGAGAAGAAACUCCUUGAUACUGAAACUGAAACCAGACUUUUUACAGCAAGCAGAGAGUCAGAGCAACAGCAUGGAGCAGUACUUCAGGGACUGGUUUGCAAAGCCUGYUGAUCUGCACGGCGUCAUCCUACCCCACCUCUCUGGAACACAAAUAAAACUGUGGAAACUCUGCUACUUCCGCUGGGUUCCCGAGGCCCAGAUUGACCACGGCGGCUUCAUCACUGCUUUCCAUAAAGUCUCUUUGCUGGCCGACGAGGUGGACAUGUUAAACAGGAAUCUUCGACAGUGCAAAAGCAACUCCUCUUUGCAAGGUAUCUGCUCAGAGCUGGAUCAGAGCAGGAUGUACUUCAGAGCUAACGGUUUGAAUGACACUUCUGGGGCUCCAGACUUCCUCUCCUCCUCAUUCCCCUUUUCUCCGGUAGGGAACCUAUGCAGACGGAGCAUUCUGGGAACUCCUUUGAGUAAAUUUUUAAGUGGUGCCAAAAUCUGGCUAUCCACUGAGACACUUGCAAAUGAAGACUAAGAUGAUGCGAGGCUUUAGAGGUUUGGGGAGAGAGAGCAGAUCAUUUGUCUUUUCUAAGUUAACACCGCUAAAUGCGGCAUUGGAAGCUGUAAUAAUUUUAUAUACGAAUAUUACGUAAAUUUUGCACAAAUAUUUAAAAGCAAAGCGAAUCAUGCUUCAAAUCGCACAAUUUUGUCUUCAGUACUUCUCAUCUACACGUGUUGUCUGGUUUCUGGUCCUUAAAUCCUUUUAUAUAUUCUCGGUUUGGCUCACUCUGUGACAUGGAGCAUUUCAUUUGCUAGAUGAAAGAAAAGCUGGUGCGGUCGUUAGUGAGGGUUGUGUUUGAAAUAACUGUUUCCUCAGAUUGCGAAUGAAGUGAAUCUUGUGUCAGGUUAGCAAAUUGAAGUAGGUUUAGGUGUAGCAGACACAGAUUGACAGAAGAAAUCUGGGAUCUGUUUUAUCAGGUUUGUUUUCAGGAAGAGUACAUAGUUGCAUUCAUACAUACUAAUUUUCUGUGAUUUGAUUACCACUCCGCUCUACAGACAUGUUAAUGCAGUGUGUGCAUCUCUAGGGUUUUUGGUUYUCCCUCCUUCCUCUCCCCAAACGUAUCCACUCGCGGUUGGUCACAUUCAUGCUCUUGGUCAGGAACUUGCCUUUAGGUCAUAGGAAUCAACUUCAGGACAAUGCACUGUUAACCUUAAAACAUUUACUGUAGAUAAUGGGGUUAUAGUAGCCUUAGAAGUGCCUUUAAUUGAGAAGAAACWGUAGCAAGAACACUCUAAUGCAGCUAAAGAGAAACCCUCUAACUUGUAAAAAUAGAUGGUCACGGUAAGGCCGUGUCGCAGCCUCACCUCCCGCUCCGUUCCUGGAAAUAGCAGGAGCUCAGCUCCAGGCAGACCAGCUGCUGCUUGGAUGAGGCUCCUUGUUAAGUCUCCCUGGGCCUCGCUUUGGUGUUUACCACCCGAAUGGCCCCGCGUGACCCCUGUGUCCCUGCACAGCUCCUGAUUCCCCCGCGCUGRGGGAGGCCGAGGCCAUGGGGCUGGCGGGGAGGCACCGUGACCCGGAGGCCCCCUCACCAGUUAGGGCACUUAAACCCCAUGGACAACGAUGAGGAGCCACUGCUGCUUGUUAGGGAAAAUAAUUCUGUAUCAUAUGCAGAGUAUAUGAGAACUUAAAAAAAAAAAAAAAAAAAAAAAAAGGAGGAGGGACAAGAUGUUUGUGUGCAAAAGAAAACUGGCCUUCAGCACGGCCUGUAUGGCAAUAGUAUGUUUUGGGGAUGCCUAAGACUGCAGAGUGUUUAUUUGACAGGAUAUGCAGGGGGGAGGCCUCGCAGGGACAGGCCGGGUGGGAGGGAGGCUGUUCUGCCUGGGUGCGCAGGGCAGGGAGCAGGCGUUGAGCUGGAGCAGGGGCAAUAAAGGCAGCUCCUCUUUAACGAAGCAACCCCAAAGCUGGUCUUAGGCAGCGAAUCCAGGCGUGUGUUGGCGUGUGUGCAACAACGUGAGGUUACAGGUAGCCAGGCUGUUCUGGCCAGCUGUUGGUGAGGAGGAAAGGGGCGUCUCCCUCCGCUGCUGCUUCAGGGCUGCCGAGUGCCAUCCCUGCCCCAUGCCCCACGGCCCCUGCCCCAUGCUGCUCACCCAUGGGCUGGCAGCUGCCAUCGAACUGGCUCAGUUCAUUAUUCAGAUGUUUUAGUUUGCGUUUGGGGUGGGAUUUAACUUGCUUACUACUUCCCCGGCCUGAUACUUGACAGAAAAGACCUCAACCUGUGUGUGUAUUGUGUUUUGGUACCAAUCUUUUUUUCUUUUUCUUUUAAAAAUACACUAAAAAAACUAUACUGUCUUUUUCUUUCUUUUUUUUUUUUUCUUUCUUCCUUAAAGGAACAUCUUCUUAGGUUUAAAGGUACCGAAAAGUGUGUAAAUAAAUUGUUCCACCCAGUUAGGCAGCUGGGGGAAUAAAAGAAUUAAUACUUAGGCUCGUACCCUUUGGGGGGAAGGGGUACUAUAUUUAAACAGGACUAGCUUUUAUAAGGAGUUUUCAGAAAUUUUUACAUUUCAGUUCUAAGAUGUGUAUAGAUGCUGCAGAUGGUGUUUGUAUUUUAUAUAUAUUAUAUGGGAGGGGAUCGAGAGGGAAGGGCAGAGAACUACUAUGCCUUUAAAAUAAACAAAACCUGUMAAAACACCUAUUUGCCAAACAGAGAUAAAACAUGCCCAGUUUGGAAGUGGGAGCGAAGGCUGAGCAGCCGUGGGGACGGGGCACGAUGGCAGCCGUGGACACGGGGUUGGGACACGGGUGACCCCCGGAAGGCGCCUCUGGCUCCACUCGAGAGGGGGAUUAAGUCCUGCCCUGAGGCCAGCGCCGUCCUUCCCUGCAGCUCUGACUGCUCCAUGUGCACACGUGUGUGCGCACAUGUGUAUCUGUGUGCAAAUAUAUGUGCACGUGUGUAUGCGUGUGUGUGUGUGCAUUCAUAUGUACGUGCUUCCCUCUUUCCAAGCGAGGUGAACAACUUGCAUUCUUGAAUGUACUUUUGAAACACAAGURCUAACACUGUAUUUGUCUCUGCA